AUGAACCAGUUUUUUUCUUCCUUGGAGCGUUCCGCGAGGUAUCCGGACUCGGCAGAUAUAGACGAUGUGUGGCCCUUGACAGCCAACUUGAACUUGAACGGCAACAACUCUUCUGGAAAUGGAGUCUAUAGCGGCGCACGUAUUCGUGGAGGCCGACCUACACUAGGUCAACCAUUUGACGGAAGACCAUCACAGGAUCCAUGGCUUCUCAACAAGUCGGCAGUCACCAACAACGCCGGAUUGUCGGUGUAUAAGGACCACCUCGCAUACCCGCAAACUCCCAGCGCCCCCCCAACAAGCCCCGCCGACACCCCCAGAAUGAUAAUCACAAACCGCCACCUCCAAUCCGCGACAGGCUACGCCCUCAACCGCGGAAACGGCCGCUACACCCGCCUAAUCGCCGCGGACGAACUCCCUCCCCUCCAAGGGCCGGGCGUGAACCAAGGAGCAGACGGUCUCAUCAUCCUCCCCACGCCCCUGAACCUCACACCCCUCGGCCCUCUCACCUUUCACGCCCCAAACCCCUUCCCACUCACCCCUCCCAACACAGCCGGGAAACCAACACCCCUCUACAGCCCCCUCCCUCCCGUCUCCACCCCCUCCCGCCCCUCCCGCGGUCCACGCAAAGACAAGGUCUACUGCGACAAAUGGGUCCACGAGGGCGUCUGCGCCUUCUCCCAGCAGGGAUGCAGGUACAAGCACGAGAUGCCCCUCGAUAUCGCGACGCAGCACGCGCUUGGCCUUUUUCAGGGCCUGCCGAUGUGGUAUAAGAAGGAGCAUAGCUUGGAGCUGCGGACGCCGAGGGCGGAUGAGAAGGCUAAUGGUGAGGGGCCGGCAGGGACUGCGGGAGUGCGUGACGGAUUACCACCGCCAACCGCGUUGCCUAGCUGGCGGCCUGGUCCUGGGCAAUCGCGCGGAGGUGGUGCGGCGCAUCUGAAGCCGGUAGCUGCUACGCGGGAGAAUGGGUUCAGCAGCGCCGUGGCUACGGCAGCGAAGCUGUCUGCGCCGCUACCAUUACGUCGCAACGAAUUUGGGAGUAUCGCACGCCCCGUUGCCCAGCGCCCAGCGACGAAGAUCAUCAUCCCAGGGAGUACGCCGGGGCUGGAGUCAUCGAUCUAUGCGCCUGCCGUGUUGAAUCCGACUGCUGGGCCUUAUGCGCCGGAUUCGCAGCCGCAACUGCAGCCGCAGAACCCGUUUGGUAAGCACCGUCCUUGGGUGGUAGGUCCGUCGCUGAGGACCCAGGAAGUUACAGCUUCGGCCGCGACGUCUACGAGUGGCAGGGAUACGGCUGCUGGAGGCGGUGAUGAGUCUGGCGAGGCAGGGGGUGAGGACGGCGAGCGGGGUGAGAAUCCUUAUGAGUUGCUGUCGGCGUUUGAGGGGCGGGAAUGA